AUGAUCUUCCGCCCUCCUGGCCCACGCGGGCUCACUCGCGAGCGCUGGAACGAGCGAGGACGAGUGCAGCUGAGGGCGUGCAGGCCGCUACCGGUACUACAAUCGACCCGCCAGAAGUCGUGGUCCAGCUUUGGAAGCCACCAGACGAAGCAGGCCCGACGAAAAAAGUCGGCCUCGACCGCCCCUCCAGCACCGAUCACCAGGACGAUGACCAAGAGCAAAUGCACCAGCGGGUUGCCAACUUGGCACAGCACAUGGCUUCGUUUUUGGCUACGCUGGAGUACAUUCCGCCUGCAGGGGCACGGCGCGAUUCUGCGCGGGAAGAUAUCUUGUGGGAGAGCAACACACCGCGCCCGGCGCAAAUAAGCCCGGGCGUUGCUGCUUUUUCGCCGGCUGGCAAUUGCGGCUUUCAGUGCAAGGAUAGCAGAGAGAACAAUAAGUGACACAGAAAAACAACACCCGCACUGCUUCAUCAUGCUGCGGAUUCAAUAAAACGCGAAACCGUUUGAAUAUAGUAAAGUAUUUAUCACAAAAAAGUAUUUUCAUCUUUUCUGAGUAGAGUUAAACUUAAAGUAAGUAAUUGAAAUUGACAUCGUUGCUACCACUGUUUGAAACAAGAACGGAUCAUAUACAUACAUACGUCUGCACCUGCGUUUACCCAGGCAGUGGGUGGCAUGUGUUGGUCCUCUCGUGUAACGUCACAGUACACACACGCGCCUAUUCAUCUUAGUCCUUAGCGGUAGUGAAGGUAGGCCUAGGCUCCUGCCGCCGUGCCUCUCAUAGUGCAGCCUUUGUGGAUCGUGCAGAGCGUAUCUACCUUGAUGGAUAGGUGUGAGAACAUCUAUUUUUACAAAAAUGCACCUCGAUACCAGCAAGGCUUCCAGUGAAAGUAGCCGAGUCCAUUGCCGAGUCGGAGAAGGCAAAUAGAAACGCGAGCCGACUCUGUAUCGAUGUGUUGACCUUGACACAGCAGGCCAGUGCCACUUGUGGAGCACACAUAACUUGAGUGAAUUGAGUUUAACCGCUUUGGCUAUGGUUACGACGUGGUUAGCUGUCACAGCUUUGGAACUUUGAGCGAAACGCGAAAAGGGCGCGAGCAAGCGAAACGCGCGAGGCACGCAAGCGCGGCAUCUUGUGCCGGCCCCGCUGUGCCUACGUCGGGAUUGCAUUGCGAGCGCCAAUUUUUCACGUAUCGAGGGGCGCGACAGGCCUCGCACGCGUUCAUGUAUUUGCUUUAUUUCUUUCUCUUUUUAGCCGGUGCGGAGUGGCUGGGAGAUGCGCCAGCAGCGUCUUUGAGCUGUAUGGACUUCAGCAGACACGGGAGCGGGGCCACUUUCGGACUAAGAAAGCACUCCGCUUCAUAGUGCAUCACGCUGUGCAUCGUUUUCCAACCACCAAUCUUUUGGACGGUUUCCCGGACCGUUCCGCCGAGUAGGAGUGCCUGAGCGCCACCCUUUCGGAGUCCGUGGAGGCAGAGGAGGUCGCGACUGCGGCCUUCCGCAAUUCGUUGCACCUUCGCCUUCCGGGUGAGGAACUUCCAGGUCGUGCGGUACUGCGCAACCGAUAGCCGCGCGUCGCCGCCGUCCUUGAUGAGUCGCUGCGCGGCCUUGACCGGGCACACGACGGGGUUUGCUGGGUCCGCCACGAGUCGCACGGUUCGCCCGACCCCUUCGGGGUCCGUUUUCGUGCGAUCGACGUCGAAGACAACCUCAUGGCCGCCCUUGGUCUUCUCGACCCCGAUGGUGGCGCGGGCGAGCUCCUCGGGUCGCCACACAAGGCGGAACUGGCAGACCGCCAUGUCAACGCAGGCCAACUCGUCCAAGGUGGUGGCCGCCUUCUGCAUGCUCUCGAGCAUGCUCGCGGCGACCGGCUCGUAGCUCUCCGCCGCGCGGUCCCUCUUGAAAGUGUUGCUGAUCAGCGUCGCGUAGGCCUGCUCCCCUAGGGAGAGUCAGUUAGAGGGUAGCAGGGCCAUUUCCUUUGCUAAAAAGCGGCUAAAUUUUUCGGGAUUUUUUCGAAGCGCGUCGACCGAGGCUCUGCAUUAGCCUGACCGGCGGAGCCCCGCCCUCGCAAGUGGUGCGCCGCUUCCUUUGUCUGGCCCGCCUCGCUUUGUUUUGCUUCUUUCGGUGGGCCAUAGGGGCGGCGGGUUCGCUGUGUUGUCUGUUGCCGCCGGGUGUUUUGUAUGUGCUAGCGGGCUAUGUUUUGCAGUUUAGAUGUUUGCCCCGCUUUCUCUUGGGGUGUGGAGCCUUACAAUUUUGGCCCAUUUCCGUUUGGCGGUGCGCCGGGUAUUUUGCGUCGCGCAAAGCACCCGGCAUAUCGGGCACGUGUUUGCAGGUGCUGAGCGCAACCUCUGGUCGGGCGUGUUUGGGUUUGUUUGUGUUGUCAUCUCGAAAAGCCGCGGCGGGCGGUUUUUGUGGUGGUGCUCUGUGUCGCGCCGUGUGGCGUGUUAUUUCUCUUCUUCAGGCGAAGACGGCCGCCGCCCCUUUUUUUUCCUUUGUGUUCGGCUUUGGAAUUUUAGAAACCAAGACGCCCGGGUCCUUUCAAAUUUGCGGAAAUCAGUGUCCUCUCCUCGGCUAAAUUUUCGGCUAAAUCGGCUGACUUUUUUUUCCUUCCCGAAUUCCCUGUGGUUCCGCAUUUUGCCGCCGGCUAAAUUCGGCAUCGCCGGGAUUUCCGGAGUGAAUCCCGGAAAAUUUAGCCAAGAUUUAGCCGACCGAUUUAGCCGCAUAGAUUUAGCCGACCGAUUUAGCCGACCGAUUUAGCCGCAUAGAUUUAGCCGACCGAUUUAGCCGACCGAUUUAGCCGGCCGAUUUAGCCGACCGAUUUAGCCGGCAGAUUUAGCCGGCCGAUUUAGCCGGCCGAUUUAGCCGACCGAUUUAGCCGGGAUUUAGCCGACCGAUUUAGCCGAUCGCGGAAGUGUAGCAGGGAGAUGCAGAAACCCGCUGCGGAUGGGAUGUGGGCCAGCCCAUAGAUAUCCGGGACCCGCGCAGACUUUCGCCGGCCCCGGCUUCCUGUGGUUUGGGUUUGUUUAUCUUGGGCCCGAAGGUUUCCUUCUUCCGGUAUUUCCUUUCAUAUUCCCCAUUGGGCGUGGGGUUUCGCAUGGUUCCGCGCGUGGUCCAUCCGGGCCGCCACGCAACAAUCGCAGGAAGCCCCUUGGGGUUUUUGUUUUCUUCUACCCGCGCCGCGCUGGCUUUCUCUUUUCCCCCGGCGGCAGCGCCGUCGGGGCCGCUUCUGCUUGCCCGGACUUUUAAAAAAUCCCGAAAAAAUUAGCCAAAAAAUAGCGCGCGAAGUCGCCCCAAACCCUCCAACUGAGGAGAGCUCGUGAUGCCGCAGCCGGUUCUCGGUGCGGACAUGGGACACGUAGGCCGUCGCCGUGUUUGCGGCCAUUUCCCCGGUGUGGACCUUCACGCCGAGCCUGGCGGCAAAAAGCUCCAGGUUCGUAAUUGAUAGCGGGAAGUCGGUGAGGCCGCGAGCUGAGCACAUUUGCUCGUACUCCUGCACCGCGGAUGCCCUUGCGCUCGACGUUGCCUUGGCAUGCAUCUGGCCCCGGAGCAUGUCCAGGGCGGUGCCGUCGUCGAUCGCGUCCGACAUCUUUAUCUCUGUCUGGGAGGGUGGGUGGGGAACGAGAAACCAAAAGGCCCGCACGUCGUUGCCCGGAGCGGUGUCGUCUACGUUAGCUGGCAGCGCUUAGCCUCAUUUUGCUAUUGAUAGGGCUGAUGGACGCAAAAUACCAAUUAACCGCUUUGGCUAUGGUUACGACGUGCGUGAGGUUAGCUGUCACAGCUUUGGAACUUUGAGCGAAACGCGAAAAGGGCGCGAGCAAGCGAAACGCGCGAGGCACGCAAGCGCGGCAUCUUGUGCCGGCCCCGCUGUGCCUACGUCGGGACUGCAUUGCGAACGCCAAUUUUUCACGUAUCGAGGCCGUGGAGAUCAACUCCCAAAGCCCGCACGCCCAAAGCUCCACCGGGCGAGAAAACAAGACCAGACCAAUCGACUGCGUGCCAGGGCUCAACGUCGCAAGAUUCUGAACAUGGUCAAGGUUGAUUGUUCUGUGUCGGUCUACCAGUCUUCAUCAAGUUCAAUCAUCAUCGCCCCAAAAGAACACGGAGAUGGUGGCCAAGUGCCGCCGUCUUCUCCAAGAUUCCAACUCCCCCAAGCAUGCCGCUGCCAUCACUUCGCCGACUCACGGCAAUCACUUCGCCGGGUUGGCGGCGUCCGCGGUACCUGUGUGUUGUUUGGGUUGGAAAUUGCGAAGCGUGUAGCUGUGGUCUCUGCACUCGAAUCACGAUAGCGCAAUAUCGUGAUCCGAAUGCAGAAAAGCUGCGGCUCCGUGGCCCCCACCAUGUGUCACGCAUCCAUUCUACCAAGCAGGUAGUACCUGGGUGGCCUCCGGCAAGCACCGUGGCGCGCAGCCCCGGGAGGGGUCGUCCGCCGGGUUGGCCCCGGAGUCCACUCGCUCUACCCAGAUCAUGCAGCCAAGCUGCGCGGCCAGAAGCCAGGAGCGCUCGACCGAAGCGCGCAGGGCGUCGCUCUUCGCGCUGCCCCGUACGAAAGACCCCUGCGCCACUGUGUUAUCGAUCCAGAGGAAAAGGUCGGCGCCCUGCAGCUGGUGCGCAAAGGAAAGGAGCGCGGCCUCAACCUCCGCUCCUUCCAAAGCCGCAGCGUCCUCCUCGGCUUGCGCCCCGAAGUCGAUGCGCGUGUAGGUUGGGCCGCCCGUGGCACACCCUUCCAAAGGCAGCAGAAUUGCCCCGGCCCCAGUCAAGCUCGCGUCCGUGUACAUCGCGCACUGCGGGCGCGAUGGUGCUCGCCCGCCAUCAGGAGGGCAGGCGGGCACGACCCGGCUGAAAGCGAGACGGGCGGCGGACCCUUCUGCCGCAAAGAGGCCCGCCCACCACUCGAGCGCCCGCCGGAGGUUCUUGUUCAGCCGGGCGUGGGCAGGGAGGUUCUUCGCCGCGGCGCGGCGCUGCAGCGCGUGCAACAUUGCUCGCCCGAUGCGGCCAAAGAGACACGUCGUCGACCAGCUGAGGCGCCCGCCGAGCGUAGCAGCCUCUGCGGUCGUCAUGCUGUUGCGGUCAAGGUGGUCCCGGAUGUAGUGCCGGAUCUUUGUAAUCCGGUGCGGGCUGAGGUUGUACCGAACCCCUUCCGGCUCCACCGCGAUAACGAUCCCGCAGUAGAUGACCUCGGCGCCUUCCUCGGUUUUUGCCUCGUUAAGCUUUGUUUUGAGGAUGUCACCAAGGAAGGUCUGCACGUCUGCCGUUGCGGACUCGUCUUCCUCAUCGGCGGGGAAGAUGUAGUCGUCAUAGUAGGCAAACAUCGGGAGCGCUAGCUGGUCCCGCACGACCUGGGUGAGGGCCGCGCUCAGCCCAUUAUAGUGCAGAGCCGACGCUGCCUCCCCGAAAAGGAGGCGGUCGGCGACGAAGUACCGCAGCGCCCCGCUAGGGUCUUCGACCAUGAUCACGCGGAGAAACUCCUCGUUGCUCGCGCGGAGCUGGCGGUAUGCCUUCUCGUGGUCCUUCUUGCAGCUCUUGCAGCGGCGCCCCGGCCGCAGACCUUGGUAGCGCGCGAGCGCAGCGGCGUAAAGGUCGACCGUGGCGAGCUUGAUGGGGGUCCAGAUGAUGUUGGCGCGAUUGAUUUGCGCGGCCUUGCCAUCAUCGACGGGGCGGGGCUUGUACUCCCACCCGGGCUUGUCCGCCUUCAGCUGCCACGCAACGAAGCGGCGGAAAAAGACGCAGUCCUCCCCCUGCGCCACGCUGCUGUCGAUCUCGUGCGCGAACCCCUCGCGCACCUCCUCCUGGAUGCUCUUCCACAGAAACGCCUUGUUUUCUGGGGCGUCCUUGUGGAUGCACCUCGCCGCCUCAUCAUGCACCCCAGCCUGCUCCGCGAGCAGUUCCGGGACAGAGAGCUCGGGCGCGGCGUUUGACGUCUGUUCGAAGAUGUCCGCGUACGAAUGCGCGCCGGACAUCGGGAACCGCUUGCGGAGGUUCUCGAAGAACGGCGUGACCUCGUCUACGCCGAUGUGCCCCCCGUCGCGUAGCAUCUCCAGAAGCAGGUCGACGUGGACCCCUUGCCCAUAGGGGUCCGGAACCUCCGCGGCGCGCGCGGCCCACUUCUUGAUCGCUGCCCGGCGGAGCGCUUGAUGCUCCGGGACCGUAAGGCGUGCCGCCCUGUCGACCGCCCUCGCCGCGUCCGGUGGGAGCGGGUUGCGUUGCAGCUCGUUCCAGUCGCGGACGAGCUCCUUGGCAGCUGCAACAUGCUGUGCGGGGGACAAGCCCGGGGGAAUUGACGCGAGCAAGCCCUUCUGCUUGCCCAAAAGCGUUCCGCCCGCGCGCGCGUCCUGGAAGCCGGGCGGCGCCGCCGGCUUCGGCGGCUCCGCGCCAGCGGUUGCCGGCUUCCGUCCCGACCGCCCCCCGCCGUGUUUGGCGGUCUUUGCCUCGGGCGCGGCAAAACUGGGGCCUCCGGAACCUGCCGCAUCGCCGGCACCUGUCUGUGGUGGUGCCCGCUCGGUGCCGGUGGUCGUGGCGGCGGCUGCGCCGCCAACGGGCGGCGCAAUCUUUUCCCCUGUGACACAUGGUGGACAAUUCCAGGGCGCCCAUCGGUGAAUGGGAGAGGGAGGGGUCACACAUUCAUCAUUUUCAUGCUCUUGCUUUUCACUACGAGAUGAUCAAGAUGGGAACGCGUGAUGAGGUAUAGAAGAGAAAAAAAAAAACCUACGUCAAACUAGACUAGUGCCGUCGGCUUUCUUCUUCUUCUUCUUCUUUCCGCCCUCGCCGGCACCUGCCGGGACCCCCGGGUUCGUCGUAGCAGCGGCACUCGGGACAGCCGGGCCGCCGCCACCCUUGCCACCGCCGGCAGCCUCGCUGCCCGGAAGCGCACCCUUACCACCACGACGCUUCUUCAUCGCCUGAUGCUGUCCCCCGCCCGGGGCGGAUGCGUCCCCGCCGGCAGCCGCCUCGCUGCGUUUGUUGCUCGCGGCCUUGUGGUCCGCAAGCUUCAUGUCGGUGAGGAGGUCCUCGAAGAUGUCUUUGUUCUUCUCCAGGAAGAACGCCUCCGCCUCCUCGGGUGUCACCAGCCCCGCGCGCUCCGCGCGCCGGCGGUUCUCCAUGUCGUACGAAGCCGCCAGGGUCGGACUGUGCCGGCACGCGAUAGCGCCAAGGACCUCCAUGUACUUCGCGGCGACCAGGAGGGUCCGGCCGGGCUGAAAGGCACCCGCAACGCCAAGGCUGGUCAGGUACCGCGUCGCGGCCAGGUGCAGCUGAUGCGUCGGCAAGUGCUUCGUCUUCAGCUCCUUGGCCCGCUCCAGAAGGAACGCGGCCCCCCCUUCCUUCUCCUUGAGGUCGUUAACGCCCUCGAUUUCGUCCUUGUAGGUGUGGGUCCACAUGGGGUCACUCCAGGGCGCGACCUUCAUCUCGCAGAGCGGAAGGGUGCAGUUACCCUUUUCCUGCGCCACCAUGACGCAGUAGACCUGCUCCUUCGUGGGGGCGAGCGACUUGCCCAAGCCGGCGGUCUUGGCCCCGGCCAGCAGGUCGAUCUUCCGCUUCGGCACCUUGCUGCUGCCGACCCCGGCGCCGCGGAGCUGCGCGAUCUCCGCCAUCGCCCGCUUGACCUUUAGGCAGGAGGUGGCGAUCUCCGCCGGCGGGACGCCACAGGCCCGGAUGUCCUCGGAGCUUUGGAAAAGCUCCACAAACUCCUCGAUGUCCUUCGCGCCAUAGUCGACCAAGACCUUGAGCAGGGCCUUGCGCCGCUGGCCGUGAAUGGGAAUCCCGAGCGCCUUCAGCUCGAAGAACAUGCGGAGCUUGGCCGCCAGGCGAACAUCUUCGUCGACCUGCGGGCCCAGGUUGUGCGAGAUGCUCGCAAACUCUUGGUCCAACACCUGCCGGCUGCUGCCGACGAAAAACGCCUCAAACCCGGUCGGGAGCAAAGCGCCGAGAACGCCAGCGGCACACGCCGCGGCCUUCUUUUCAAGCAACGAGGACCCGGGCAUUUUCUUUUGUGGUGUCUUUGUUUGAUCUUGGAGCGAGAGAAGAUAUUUACUCUUUAACGAGCAAGAAGCUUGCGAGCGCGAGGGGUUUGCUGUUUGUUAAAGAACAAAAAACGCACACGCCGCGGCCUUCUUUUCAAGCAACGAGGACCCGGGCGCUUUCUGUUGUGGUGUCUUCGUUUGAUCUUGGAGCGAAAGAAGAUAUUUCUUCUUUAACGAACAAGAAGCUUGCGAGCGCGCGGGGUCUGUUGUUUGUUAAAGAACAAAAAGCGAACGCAUGGAGGUCGCGCGCCUCUCAUCGCCUUCUGCUGGCCUUCUCAGCACCUGUCAAGCACGCGGACACGUUGCUCGCUCCGUUGCAAGGAGCGGCAGGUGACGCGGCUCCGCGCGAUGCCUGCGCAGCGGGCCGAUGUUGGGGCGACGGCCCUGCCAGGUGGUGGUGGCCACCAAACUCGCGGGCGAGCCUGGAAGCAGCUACGGCCUGCAGCUGGUUCGGCUGUUUUCGCACCCCUAAAAGCCAGAAUAAGGCUUUUCGCACCACCAAAAGCCUUAUUCUGGCUUUUAGUGGUGUUUCAAGCGAUCUACUGCGUCCAGCUGCACGCGCGCGCCUGCAGCGCCGCUGCGUGCGUACCCCACGAGGGCUCUCCGCGUCGAGCGUCGGCUUCCACUCGAGGAAGCCGACACUCUUUUAUGGCGCGCACCAGCACUCAGUCCUGGGACUGAGUGCUUCUAGCAUCGACCGCUAUCUCGCGCGUAGAGUGCACCUUCGCGUCGCCGCGGCAGCACCUCUACAUGCGAGCGCGCGCGCUUUUCAUGGUUGGGGCCUGUGACGUCGCCCUCUUUCGAGAGCGACGACGCACUUUUGUGGAGGGCGCCACCGCCUAGCGGCAGCACACCUCACACUGCACACUGUGCCUGCGCGCGUUGGUGAAGUGCACCUCCGCGUGAGCGGCAGCACCUUCGCCAAGCGUAGCGCGCACCUCGUUGGAGUGCACCUCCGCUUUCGCGGCAGCACCUCCUCCGAGCACGGCCUGUCCCUCUGAGGAGUGCACCUCCGCGUGAGCGGCAGCACCUUCGCCAAGCGUAGCGCGCACCUCGUUGGAGUGCACCUCCGCUUUCGCGGCAGCACCUCCUCCGAGCACGGCCUGUCCCUCUGAGGAGUGCACCUCCGCGUGAGCGGCAGCACCUCCUCUGAGUGCGACAGUCGCGGCACCGAAGCCAGCGGAGUGCGAUCCGCACCUCUGCAAAGUGCACCUCUGCUUUCGCAGCAGCACCUGAGCAGAGUGCGGCGCUCAUAGCACAUCUGCAAAGUGCGCCUCUGCUUUCGCAGCAGCACCUGAGCAGAGUGCUUGACGCACAUCCGUGCGGAGUGCAGUCUGCACAACCGUGGAGUGCACCUCUGCGUUGCAGCAGCACCUCCACGGAGCGCGUCAUGCGCCUCCGCGUGGGCCGGGGCGCCUCGACGCUCCCGUGCCCACGGCUUUCUCUUUUCUUUUGGGGGGAUAUGGAUACCACACGGCGCGCGGGCCGUCUUGCUCUUUGUGUUUAUUCCGACAUUGCCAGACCGUACAACACACGGGCAACGAUCGAACGAGAAACCAAAAGGCCCGCACGUCGUUGCCCGGAGCGGUGUCGUCUCCGUUAGCUGGCAGCGCUUAGCCUCAUUUUGCUAUUGAUAGGGCUGAUGGACGCAAAAUAUCAAUUAAAGUUAUAUAGUGAAUGCCAUAUGCAUAUCAUGUAAGCGCUACGAAAGGAUGCGAAAUCUAGAUGAUACUACUCAUGGUUGAUUCCGCGAGCUCAAGAAGCAAAUAUAACAAACAAAAAGCACAGGAAGAAUAGGAAUAGCAAAAGCACCAAUUUACAAAGGAGAGGUAUGGAGCUGGAAACCGCGACUACGGAUAUCUAUCGUCGAGAAUGUACUAUCUGUUUAUGUAUAUUACGGGGUGCGUAUUUACAAACGCGGCAAGCACUUGCACUCAUUCAGCACAUAUAAAGAAGGAGGAAGAGCAGAGCCGCAUGGUUGACUCUUCAGUGGUGCUGGUGAAUUUGUAAGAUGCAUCGUCCAAUAAAUUUACACGAUUCAUCAAGUGGAAGUAU